AUGCAAUCUCUCCAGGGCCGUCCCUCUUUACGCAGGGGAGCUACAGACAUGCUAUCCCCAAGUUUCCAGGCCGACCACGCCGCUGGCGAGUACACGCCACAAGUUUCUCCUCUGGAUGAUCUGAUUAAUCGGGGACGAAUGUUGCAAAGGCAGAUGGGGUCCGAGAGGGCCGGAUCAGCUGGGCUAAACCCAAUGACCGUUCACCGCUCUCUGAGGCGGGCGGGAAGUAACCCAGGAACUCUGGGGACGCUAGCGAGGUCCCGUUCGGUGGGAAGGACUCCGGAGGUGGAGAAGGGGGGACAGUGGGGUAAUGCCUCCGUGACCGCUACUAGCACUGCUACCGCUCCGAUUCUACAAGUCAUGGGUGACCGUCAGCUCGCUACACCGGCUCUUGAAGACAGGCCUGCGUCUUCUUACCCCCGAUUCAGCACCGUUUCUGAAGCGACUUCAGAUGAUGGUAGGUCGGACAGGGACAGUGUUAUGUCGGGAGCGACAAGUGUUAGGGAUAGCAAUUUCACGUUGAUCAGUGGAUUCUUGGAUCCCGUUCGUGAUCCGCCAAAUCUGCAACAGAUACAGGGGCGCCACGAGGUUAGGGAGCAGGAUGUGGAGAGGAGUUCUCUAAAGCCGGUGAUAGUGGGCCAUAUUAAGGAUGAGAGGCAACGGAGGGAAACGGAGGGGGUGGGGCAUGGGCCCGGGGAUGUUGGUGCUCGUGGCGGUCCUCGUGUGGACAAUCAGCCUAGGGGAGCAAUCGCGCAACGCCCUGCUCCGGAUGAUAGACAACGUGGGCCAUUGGGGCCACUGGGGAUCGCCGGACUGUCCGGGCCUGAGGGAAAUCAGCGCAGUCCGGGGGAAAGACAGCGCGGACCGCCGGGUCCACCAGGGCCAGCUGGCAGACAGAAGGGUCCUGAUGGAAGGCAACAUAGUCCGGGCCAGAGGCAACAACGCGGGCCCCCAGGACCCGAUGGUGGACGUCGUGGUCCAGAUGAGAGACAGUGGGGGAAGGGUCAAGAUCAACGUGACAUGGCUGGUCAGGACAAUAGGUCUGCAUAUUCUAGAUCUAGAUCGCAACCCCCACUACGUAAUCGCCGCCCUCCUGGCAAACAACCUCUCGAAGCAGAACACCAGUUUCCAACGAGAAAGGAUUCGAGAGAUUUAACAGUUGUGAUCCCCCCUGGCCCACCCGCGCAGCCAGCUCAACAUGGCCAGCCGGUCCAAACAUACAUACCUUACAGACAAGAUUCUAAGUCUUCGCCUUUGGGUUAUAGCGCACCCUCUAGACAAGGUUCUGCAGAAUCCGGGAAGUUUCCACCUCCUGUGAGACAAGCCUCUGGUGAGAGGUUGCAUCCGCACCGAAACGACUCUAGGGGCUCUGAUCGCAGGUUUUAUCCUCGAAGUCCCCGCAGAGAAGGCUCGAAUGAUUCUGUGACCAGAUAUCUGCCCUACCGGCAGGGCUCUGGUGAUGUCGAAUUUCAGCGGCCAUCGAGGACGGAUUCUUUGGAAUCGGUACACAGACCUUACUCUCCCCAACUUGCCCCUGGCCCUAGGACAGCGUCACCCGCCCAGGCACCACCAAGUAUCUUCCCCAUGAUUUCUGAUUUUCGAGCAAGCUCCCCCGACUCGAUUGGUGCAGAAUCCUCACUUACAUUUGGCCCACCUUCUGCACCUUUGACCCGCAACCCUUCGGUUCCCUACAGUGGAACAGAUAAUCAUGACAUGACGCGUUCCGUGAGUCAGUCUUCCUUGAGGUCCGAUGCUCCUUCCGUUUACUCGGCCGGGGGCACCCUGCUUCAGAAACCUACGUUUAAUUUUUCUCGACCUCUCAGCAGCCGGCCUUCCUUUGACUCUGAGCAACCCCCGUCAUCCCUUGAUAUUCCACAACGGUUGUCCCCUGAACAAUCUCCAAUGCUCUCGAACGAGCAAUCCCUGCCAACACCUGCUAGCACGCCCGGGGUUUUUGCCGGGGAAGCCGAGGGCCCGGUUCCUACUUACAUUUAUUCCAAGUUUACAUUGCCCCGUGGCCGAGAGCCUGAGCGCGACUCUGUUGUCUUUCAAGGCUCCAGUGGAUUUCCUGGCCAAACCGUCUAUCAGCAAACACCUUCACCCAGCACUCCACUUGGGAGUUCGACGACUACUGUUAAUAGACCCCCUUCUCCAUCUUCGCCGCCUCGGACUUUCCUCCAGCCGGCACCGCCUCCUCGUGAUCCGGGACGUGCCCCACAAACAGGCCACCCAUCUUCCUUGUCUUCUCGCACUGGGCUUCUUACACCGACGAUGGAGACUAGAGGACGUUCCGCUACUGUCACUUCUCCUUGCUCCCCCCGUACUCCCAAUUCUCGUUCCAAUAGCUCACAGCCUCCAUCUGCUACUAUGUCACCUGAUGACCAUGUGCAACUUGGUAUUGACCUUCACGAAUCUGGCUCUCUUCAGGAGUCUACGUAUCAUCUCCGGUUUGCCGCCAACGCUGGGCACCCUACUGGUAUGCUCAUGUUUGCACUUGCAUGUCGCCAUGGAUGGGGUAUGAAAGCAAACCAAAAAGAAGGUGUCACGUGGUUGAAGAAAGUUACAGAGUUAGCGAGUUCUGAGGUUGCAGAUGACGAGCAGGCUGGUGGGAGUGUCGACUACAUUGAGAAGAAGGGAAGAAGAGCUCAGUUCGCAUUGAGCAUUUAUGAGUUGGGGGUCAGUCAUAUGAAUGGAUGGGGAACUGAGAAGGAUCAGGGCUUGGCAUUGAGAUGCUUUGAGAUUGCAGGCAGUCUGUUUCCCCUUGGGCCAUGAUAUUCAAUUGUUAGCUGACUUCAAAAUAGGAUGGGGAGACCCGGAUGCACUUUCUGAAGCAGGUUAUUGCUACGCCAACGGUGUCGGUUGCAAGAAAGAUCUCAAGAAGUCCGCCAAAUUCUACCGCAUGGCUGAGGCUAAGGGUGUCAACAUGGUCGGUAAUAGUUGGAUAUGGAAGGACAAGUAUCUUGACGAAGAGGAGAAGGCUGCAAAGAAAGGCAGCGGUGGUGGCAAGAAGAAGUGAUUGUCAUCCUAUUCUAUCAUAUCAUCCCCUCCCCCCUAGUAAAUAGGAAAAGGGGUUUGAAUGUUGCAAGUUUUUUCUUUCUUAACCCUGCGUUUUCCUUAUUCUUACUUUCUAAUUGGACUUUCUGCAUUUCUUUUGUGAUCCUGACGAGUUUUUUUUGACCCGAUAACAUUUUCCCUCACCACCUUUUGCUCUCACUGCCCUUGCUUUACUUCUUUGCCAUGUGGCCCCCCUUUUUUUUUUACGUACUCAUGAAGUACUUUUAUUCUUACUGCUGGCUUUUCUUCUUUCUUUAACUUUAUAGCCUGAAAUCACGGGGGGUACUUUUACCUUUUAUGUUCUUUCCUGCAAGCUCUUGGCCAGAUGAACAUUCUUACACAUUUUUUUCCCUUGUAGCUUUGUGUAGAUGAUACCCAUCCGCUUAUUAUUUCCUCUUCGCUUGUUUCAUACUCUAUUAUUGGCUUCUAGUAACCUUUUUUUCUUCUUCUCCCAUUCAUUUCCUUUCACCAGAGCCGGGGACGAUGAGGCAUGGAAAUAGUUGGUAACUUUAUUUGGCUUUAUUUGUUUUCCUUUUGCAAGCGCAUUGUGAUUUUUUUUUGUAGGCGUCCCUUGAUAAUAGACUGGCAUAAGGAAGGGUUAGGGGAAAAUAAUUAAUGUCGAACAGAUUGGUUUUAUAGAGGUUGCGUGCUUGUACGGGGUUGGCACCAAAGUUGAUGAACAGAAUGCCAUGUAACAAUUCAAACCAUGCUCUCGUGCUUUACGUUUUCCGUUCAAGGCAUUCUGGGACUGUAAAUUUUUUUGGAGAAUUGUUGGUAUUGUAGUCACAAAUUCUUUCAAAUCUCUUCCCAACUGCCCCCAGAUGACUGAAAAAAAUGUUGGCUGUAACACUCCGGCAAACCGCAAUCGUAAGGUCGAAGUUAACAGGCACCAAAACCAACGUGCAAUAUAUCCCGACAGCUCUCCUGACAAUUCCUCGUCUCAGCCAGUUUAAAUCUAGAGAUCUAAAGGGUCAGAAAGCACCGUACAGUACAGUACUCGCGAAGUCCAGGCGAUAACUUUCCACCCACACCAUAUAAGCCAGUCCCGAUUUUGUUUAGAUCACUUCACUGGAUUGGUGUUCGGGAGUUUAACAUGACACCUUUCUGUAUAAUAAUAAAAUUUGGAACGUUUAGCUUACAUUAUCCAUUCCUUUUUGGGGCCGGAUUUGUGAAAUUACAGGAUGAUACUCGUCGUGGCUCUUUGGCCGCUUGUGAUUGGGAUUUAUGGUGAUUUACUGCCCUAUCGUACUUCAAAGGGGGCAACUCCUUCCCCUUUUCC